GGUUGCGGGGUUCCCGCCAUCAGUCCUCUUAUCUCCGGCUACGCCAGGGUUGUGAACGGUGAAAACGCCGUCUCUGGUUCUUGGCCAUGGCAGGUGUCUCUUCAGGAUUCAACUGGAUUCCACUACUGUGGGGGCUCCUCCCUCAUCAACAGUCUCUGGGUUGUCACUGCUGCCCACUGCCCAGUCAGCAGAAAUUCCCACCGCGUGGUCCUGGGUGCAUUUGAUCAUUCCUCCAAUGCUGAUCCCAUCCAGAUCAAGUCCAUCGGCAAAUUCUUCAGUCACCCCCAGUACAGCGACUGGACUAAGGUCAAUGACAUCGCCCUGAUCAAGCUUUCCAGUCCCGCCUCCCUCAAUGACCGCGUGUCCCCCGUGUGUCUUGCUGCUUCCUCUGAUGUCUUCAAUGAAGGAGAAAGAUGUGUCACCACCGGAUGGGGAUACACCAAUGCUGCCACACAAGCCUCCCCAGCUAAACUCCAGCAGGUGUCGCUUCCUCUUCUGACCAACACUGAGUGCCAGAAAUACUUUUUACCCAGAAUCCAGGCCUCCAUGAUCUGCGCUGGUGCCUCCGGUGCCUCCUCCUGCAAGGGUGACUCUGGUGGACCCCUUGUAUGCCAGAGGAACGGAGCCUGGACCCUGGCCGGUGUUGUGUCCGCAGGCAGCCCUGACUGCACUCCAUCUGCUCCCGGAAUCUACGCCCGCGUCACCUCCCUCAGAUCCUGGGUGGACCAGACUGUCGCCGCCAACUAA